AUGCAGGAAUCGCUUGGCGAUCGUAGAAAGCCCAAGUCUUAUCAUCUGGUUGUUUUAGUACAUGGUCUUUGGGGUAACCGAACCCAUUUCGACUACAUUCGUAAUGCACUCGAGUUAGGAUUCCAAACGCAUAAAGAGGCUCAAGGUUUAGACAAUGAAGAAUUGGUGGUAUAUACGACACACCUCAACGAGGGUUACAAGACUUACGAUGGGAUCGACGUGUGUGGUGUUCGAGUCGCAGGCGAAGUAGAAGGGCAAAUAGCAGAACUCGGGUCAGUGACGAAGUUUUCCAUCUGCGGGUACUCUUUGGGGGGACUGAUAGCUAGAUAUGCGUUGGGAGUUCUAUACAAGAAGCAGGUCUUCAAAAAACAAGAUAUCGAACUGGUAAACUUUACCACAUUUUGUACACCACACGUCGGAGUCCAUGCGCCUGGUAAAAAUGUAGCUGUGAAUCUGUUCAAUACAGUAGUUCCCCUUGUCUUGGGAAACACGGGCAAACAAAUGUUCCUGAAAGAUAAAGCUGCGUUUGCUGGCGGGCUGCCGCUCGUGCUCUUGAUGAGUAUGGAAAAUUCGGUGUUUUACAAAGCGUUGCAAGAAUUCAAAAACACGUCGCUAUACGCUAAUGUCAUCAAUGACAAGAGAACCGCUUGGUGGACUGCCGGGAUUUCCAGAAACGACCCGUUUUUUGAAGUUGACGAUCAGAACGGUGACUAUCGCUUCAGCUAUGUGAAAGGGUAUGCGCCAACCAUAGUGGAUCAUUCCAGAUCUAUCAGGAUUACUAGAAUUGAGGAUUACAACGAGAAAAUCGAGGAAACCAGCAAGCCCCAGGAAAACACAAUUGUUAAAGUUGAUCGUCGUGAGUACUUUUUUAUUAACUACUGGGUUGCCAAGUUGUGUCGGUGGUUUAUGGUAUUAUUCAAUUUGCUAUUAAUAGCUCCAAUAUGGGUGAUUUGGUUUGCUCUAUCGGGAACAAUGGAGACCAUAAAGUCUACCACCAGAGCGACACGGUUUAUCAAAGGUUAUUCGCAUCAUUUUAUAAGUGAGAUAUAUGACGGUGUCUCAGAAGAGCCUUUACCAGAUGAUAUAAUCGAUGCAUCAUCCGACACACCUAACGAGUACGAGUUACAAAUACAGCAGUCCCUAAAUGAUCAGACUGACACAUUUAUCGAGAGCCUCUUCAGUGCUAUCGAAAGAAAAAACACUCUAUCCGCGGUCGUUGACGAAACGGACUCCCCAGAUGUCACUGAUACCGAGGACAAUGAAUUUGUUGUGAAAACUACCUUGAAGGAACUGGAAUCACUCUCAAUCGAGGAAAUUAAAAUCCGUCGUUUGAAGUCUGUCGGUUGUGAUAAAUUGCCAUCGUUAGAAGACUUACAUUUAAACUUAGCACCUCAGCAAUUGAAAAUCAUUGAAUCAUUGAACAAGAUUCCUUGGCGAAAAUUUCCAGUGUAUAUUCGCGACACAGUAAGCACACAUGCGUGUGCAAUAGUACGGCACAAAGACCCGCAUUUUGGAGAGGGCAAAAUAGUCGUGAGACAUUGGAUUACCGAAGUUUUUGAGUUUUGA